CGGCCAAACCCCUUUCGUCUCCCGAUUCGAUGAGUUCACCUAUCUGAGGACUGUAGAAUUUAAGAUGUCUAGCCAGCGGAGUCAAACAAGCCAACCAAGAGAGCCAGAUGAAGAAGCCCUGGCCGACCAUGAACUACAGUAUGGUCACGGCCUCAUGACUGAGGAGGAGCUGAAUGAGAAGUUGGUCUGAGCAGUUUUAGGGCAGGGCAUAGUUGUUAACUCUAUUAGAUAUCCUGAUCGUCCGAUGAAUCACUCUAAGACUCUACCAUUUCAUGAACUCUUUACAACCCUCUUCAAUCCGCUCAACGACAACAAAGCGAAGCCCAGCGGCCCACAUGCUGCUCGGAAGAAAGGCCCUGGUUCCAAGACUUUGAGUCCUCACGAACAGCGUAGAGCAAUCCUCGACCGUUUUGUCUCAAGAUGGCGGAGCGAGGUGGGAAACGACUUUUACCCCGCCAUCCGUCUCAUCCUGCCUGAGAAGGAUCGUGAUCGCGCCAUGUAUGGCCUGAAGGAGAAAGCCAUUGGAAAACUCAUUGUUAAAAUGUUGAAAAUCAAUCCAAAAUCCGAAGAUUCUCUGAGUCUGCUCAACUGGAAGGAUGUUCGAGGGGGCAAGAUGGCAGGAGAUUUUGCAGGACGAUGCUACGAAGUUUUGGCGAAACGGGCUAUGAGGACUACAGUUGGCGAUUUGCGAAUUGCUGAAGUCAACGCUAUGCUGGACAAGCUCUCUGCGGUAUCCAAGGAAGAGGAUCAGCUACCUAUCUUCAACACGUUCUACGAUAGGAUGAACGCUGAUGAAUUAAUGUGGUUGAUCCGUAUCAUCCUCCGUCAGAUGAAGAUUGGAGCAUCAGAAAGGACCAUACUCGAUGUCUGGCAUCCAGAUGGUGAGGCUCUAUUCAACGUAUCCUCAAGUUUAAGACGAGUCUGCUGGGAACUGGUUGAUCCAUCUAUUCGCAUUAGUGAUGAAACACGAGGAAUUACACUGAUGGAAUGUUUCAAGCCCCAGCUCGCUCAAUUUCAAUCACAUUCAUUUCAGAGAAUGAUCGAGAAAAUGGCACUGGACGAGACGGGUGAUCAUAAGGGCGAAUUCUGGAUCGAAGAGAAGCUUGAUGGCGAGCGAAUGCAGAUGCAUAUGGAAGUUGAUGAUGACGGAAAACGAAACUACAAGUGGUGGUCCCGGAAGGGCAAAGACUACAGCUAUUUGUAUGGAAACAGCACAGAUGACGAGGACUCAGCUUUGACGCGACAUCUUGAUGGGGCUUUCCAUGAAGGAGUCGACAGUAUUAUCCUUGAUGGCGAAAUGAUCACCUGGGACGUUGCUACAGAUGUCAUGGUAGGAUUCGGAACUUUGAAAACUGCUGCUAUCUCUGAAGGGCGAAAUGGGUUUGAAACGAAUUCCGGUAUCCGACCAUUGUUUCGAGUAUUCGACUGUUUGUAUCUGAACGGUAAGCAGCUUACGGGAUACACUCUGCGGGAAAGACGCAAGGCAAUGGAAAUGUCUGUGAACGAUGUUCAUCGACGACUUGAGAAGCAUCACUAUACUGCCACGACUGAUACAGCAGAAAUCGAAACCCGACUUCGCCAGGUAGUAGCCGAAGCAUCUGAAGGACUAGUCCUGAAGAAGCCAUCGUCUAUCUAUCGUCUCAAUGAACGCAAUAACGAAUGGAUGAAAGUGAAGCCGGAGUAUAUGACGGAAUUUGGUGAGUCGCUCGACUGUGUUGUCAUUGGCGGAUACUACGGUUCUGGUCAUCGGGGUGGAGCCCUGUCAUCAUUCUUGUGUGGACUUCGUGUAAAUCCGAAUCAUAUUUCAAGUGGGGCAAGUCCCAUGAAAUGCUACUCCUUCUGCAAAGUUGGAGGAGGAUUCAGAGCCGAAGACUAUGCGAAGAUCCGCCAUCUCACUGAUGGCAAAUGGAACGAUUGGGAUCCAAAGAAGCCACCUAAAGAUCUCAUCGUCCUCGGUGGUGGAGACAGGCAGUACGAGCGGCCAGAUGUGUGGAUUAAACCCUGCGACUCUGUCGUUCUAGAAGUCAAAGCUGCAUCAGUUGGUGCUUCUGAUCAGUUCGGAACCAAGUUUACAUUGAGAUUCCCUCGAUUCAGGAAGAUACGAGAUGACAAGCGUUGGGACCAAGGACUCUCCCUGGAAGAUUUCGAUAAGUUGAAGGAGGAAGCUGAGGCAGAAUCCAAGGGCAAGGAGUUCAAGCUCGAGAAUAGGAAGAUGGCAAAGAGACUGAAGAAAGACAUCGUCAUAGCAGGGGCAGACAGCAAAGUCAAGACACCAUAUGCAGGUCCCAAAACCAAAAUCUUCGAGGGUCUGGAUUUCUGCGUCAUGACUGAGAUGCAGCAUCCUCAGAAGAAGACAAAAGCCGAGAUCGAGCAGGCGAUAAAGCUCAAUGGAGGCAGUAUAUUCCAAAGCGUCACAGCCAGAGAAGGAAUAAUCUGCAUCGGAGACAAGAAUGUGAUCAAGGUUGCGAGUUUGGUCAAAAAAGGCGAAAGAAAUAUUCUGAGACCGGCUUGGAUCUUUGAAGCGCUGAAGCAAGCAGAAGCUGACGGACUCGACCGACCUCGAUACCUUCUUCCCUUCGAGCCAAGUCACUUAUUCCACAUGCUCGAUUCCUCUCGCCCAGACUUCGAGGACAAUGUUGAUAUAUACGGCGACAGCUACGCGAGAGACACUAACGUGGAAGAUCUGAGAGCUCUAGUAGAGCACAUGAUCCAUCCCAAGAACUCUACCUUCUCAUCCGACGAGUUCCUCUCCCAGCUUGAAGAACACGGUAGAGGACUUGACGAUAUGCCCGGUUCGAUGUUUAGGAGAUGUGUAGUCCGCUUGAUUGCUUCUGAUGAAGAAGGGACAAACAAAGAUAUAGAUCUCUUGAUCAUGAAAAAUAGGUUGAGGUUCUCGGGAGGCAAGGUUGCGGAGAGUGGUCAGGAGAAAGAAGGCAUCACGCAUUUCGUUGUUUUGGAAGACGAUUCAAAGGUGGCAAAAGAAGUACGUCAGAAAGCUUCACGGUUCAAGAAGAUACCGAGGAUUGUGGGUAAGAAGUGGCUGGAGGAUAGCUGGGAAGAGAAGACGUUGAUGGAUGAGGAGAGGUAUGCCUUAUGAAUCAUGAACAGAGUUAUGACUACAGUAUGAGCAAGAACUAUGUAGGAGCUUAGAUUUGUGCCAACAAUUAUACGCAACAAGUCAUUCUCUUAUUUCCCACAAGACAAAGCUAAGGCUAUUGUUGCAGCUGUAGCAAUUUGCGCCUAGCGUCCUUCAAGCUCAGUGCCUCAUUCUCUCUAUCACUUCCAGAGGCUACCUCCAAUUCCUCAGACAGAAGUGUCAUAAAGGCAGCAUCUUCAUCAACAGCAGUGUCAAUCGUAGCCUCAUCCGCAAAGCCCUCUUCUAACAUUUCUUCCACGGUUUCAUCAGAUCCGUCUACUUUUCGCGCUCUUCACUGUACUCAAAACAUCUUGGGUUUCAUGGUCAAGUGAUAGCAGCCACCCUGAUUGAUGUCUUGGCAUGCCCCUAAGCAAAACAACUUUCUGAAAACGACGAUCAGUACACCGGUCUGGUCUCAAUUUCUCCAAAGCUGAUUUUGAGGGCAAUGGUUAAAGCAGGAAUUAGGAAGCUUUCGGGUUUGGGAGAUAUGAAACUGUAAGGAAGAAACAAGGUCUAAGGAGAUACAAGACAAAUUGAGCUAAAGAAUUAUAUCUAUUAAC